AUGCACGCAGGUGGCAACAGCUGUCAUGGCGCCGCCGCGCCACAUCUAAACCGUUUCCGUAGACACGAGCGACAUGGCACGGCGUGCGGGCACGCCCGGGGCGGCGGCUCGCACAGGCGUGUCCACACGCGCGCGUGCCCGGCACGCCGGUUAGCUUGCAAACUGUGCAAGGCACAAUUCAGAAGCGGCGGCGGGGGGUGUUUGCGACGGCUUGAAGAGCAAAUACGUGUCCGGCAGCGCACAGUAGGCGCAUGUCUACGCAGCGGCGCUCGGGGGGCGCUGGCGGUGAGACGGUCUGCAUGGGUCUGCGGCGGCGUCAGCGCGUCUGACGUAGCAGCUGAAUUUGCGCGGGGUGGACCCGCGUGCGGGCGCAACGUACGGGGGAGCGAGAUGGAGACGGCGUGCGAGGCGUGUAAGGAGGAGGGCGGCCUGCGCGGCGGGGGCGGGAUGCGCAGGGGGCGUGGGAUUAUACCGAGUGGCGAUGCUGUCGCGGUCGAAUGA